AUGGUUCAAGGCAGGGUGUUGAUCAUUGCCGGGUCAGACCCCUCUGGAGGAGCCGGCCUAGAAGCAGACCAAAAAGUCCUCGCCGCCCAUGGCUGCUACGCAAUGACUUCCACCACGGCGCUCACAGUCCAAAACACCAAAGGCGUCGCGGGCGUGCAUGUCAUACCCUCUGAUUUCGUAGGGAGACAGAUUGAAGCGUGUCUUGAAGACGUAGGAGCCGACGUGAUCAAAACGGGAAUGCUGGCAUCCGCAGAAACAAUCGAAGUCAUUGCAAAACUAGUAACCAAGUUCAGCGUCCCAACUCUAGUAAUCGAUCCGGUCAUGGUCUCAACAUCAGGAGCCCAACUCCUCCCCCACGAAGCCAUCUCCCAACUAUCCCAGCACCUCCUCCCCCACACCACCAUCCUCACGCCCAACAUCCCCGAAGCCACGCUACUCCUGACGCAAAACGGCCACCAAGUCGGCGAGAUCCAGUCCGUCAGCGACGUCGAAGCCAUGGGACGCAAGAUCCAACAACUAGGCCCGAAAUGGGUGCUCGUCAAAGGCGGCCACAUGCCCUUCCGCAAGGAUCUAACAGUCGCCAAGACAGAUGAAGAAAAGGAAAUUGUUGUUGACGUCCUAGUUGGGCCUGGGGGGAGCGUAUUGCGAGUGCAGAGCCCGUACCAAAAGAGCACGAGCACUCAUGGAACUGGCUGCUCUCUGGCCUCCGCCAUUGCAGCUCGUGUCGCUCAAGGCGCCGACAUGCCCACCGCAGUCCGCGGCGCCUGUCGCUACAUCGAAGCAGGCAUCAAGACGGCGCCUCAACUCGGCAGUGGAAACGGACCGCUCGACCAUUUCCACUCGACAUACACUCUUCCUUUCUCUCCAGGAUACUUUGUCGAGUAUCUGCUAGAACACCCAGCCGUACGCAGCGUAUGGGACGAAUUCGUCUAUCAUCCCUUCGUCAUGGCCCUGGGCAACGGAACGCUGCCGGUUGAGUCAUUCAAAGGUUACAUCAUUCAGGACUACCUCUAUCUUGUUCACUUUUCCAGGGCAAAUGCACUCGCAGCAUACAAAGCAAAGAGCAUCGGUGACAUCUCAAGAUCAAACGAAAUCGUCUCCCACAUUCUCCACGAAAUGAAGCUCCACAUCAACUACUGCAACUCCUUUGGCAUUUCCGAGCCCGAAAUCCAAGCAACGCAAGAACUCCAAGCCUGUACCGCAUACACCCGCUACGUCCUCGACAUCGGCCAAAGCGAAGACUGGCUCGCCCUCCAAAUGGCCCUCGCGCCAUGCCUCCUCGGCUACGGCGCCGUCGCAAAGAUGCUCCACGCCCAUGCGGACACGGUCCGCGACGGGAACACGUACUGGGCGUGGAUUGAGAAUUAUAAAGCGGAUGACUAUGUUGAGGCAGUGAGAUUAGGAAGCGAACUCAUUGAGAAGAGCAUCCGAUUGCAGUCACCUAGUCGGAUAGAAGAGCUUAUCAAAAUCUUUGUACACGCCACAAAGAUGGAGAUUGGUUUCUGGGAAAUGUUUCCGUACAAAUAG